AUGUCUGACAACUCUCCCCGCGACAGCAUCUCCUCCUUCCAGGUCGACAAGUCGGACACUAUGGCCACCCACGAUACCAGCAUCUCCGAUACCGCCUCCAUCGCCUCCUCCAACCCAUCUCCGGGCGCCCCGAAUCCCACCCCCGCCAACACCGUGGCUGGCGACCUCCCAAGCAUGGAGUACAUCUCGCAGAAGGUCGCCGGCUUCUUCAUCGGCGACGCUCCCAUUGGCCGCGGCCACGGCUCUACUAUGACCCUUACCGCUGGCUCCAUCUCUUCCGAGUCCGAGGCGUCCGUCAAGUACCCGGAGGCGAGCAACUGGGCUCGGGAGGCCGUAGAGGAUCUGGAGAACGCUCUGACACGUAUGGCAAUGCUGGCGAAGGACGAGCACGCGGUGGAUCCGAGCAAGAGCGUGAAGGAGCUCUACUCCGCCCGUCUCGCCCAGGUCAUCAAGGACGGAGAGAUCGAGUUCGAUCUCAACUAUAUGAAAUAG